UCACCUUUCCUUCCCACUCAUCCUCAACUCUCCCAUCAGGACCACAGGGAUGUUAUGCGCUGACAGACACAAGACUGGAAAACAACUUUAUUCAGCAGCCAGUGUAACAUUUUAAAAUUAAGGAUAACCACGUGUCUUUACCUCCGGUUUGAAGGGAGGCGAGUUAGUUUAGUGGUUGAGUGUGUUUUUCCUUCUUUUCUCUUUGUAGAAGCAUCAAGUAUCCACAACUUAGCCGCCCUUUUCUGUGCUGGAUUUCCCAUAUGUCGCGAAAGCAGGUCGACCAUGACUACACCCUUCGUAGUAUGAGCAACCUGAUGGGCGAGCGGUGGAAGAAAGUCAACGACGGAGGUGAGCGGAGUCUCAUCAAAGCUCCGUCCAGCGCCAGUAUCAGCAGCCAGGGCGCCUCCGCUGGAGCUUCAGCCCCAGCAGCAGCUGCUUCUGCUUCUUCCUCCACCACCGGGGACCUGGAGAGGGCUGCCCGCAAGCAGUUCCAGCAAGAUGUCACACCCGGCUUCGUCUACGUCUUGGCGGUUUUCUCCGCACUGGGGGGCUUUCUGUACGGUUACGACACCGGGGUGAUCUCCGGGGCGAUGCUAAUGCUGAAGAAGGAGCUGGACCUCAGCGCCCUGUGGCAAGAGGUGCUCAUAUCAAGUACUGUGGCUGCGGCUGCCCUCUCUGCCCUGCUGGGCGGCUUCCUCAACGGGCUCUUCGGGCGUAGAGUGUGCAUUCUGCUGGCCAGCUUCUUCUUUACCGUCGGGGGGAUCGUGCUGAGCACCGCUCCGGGCAAAGAGGCGCUCCUGGCCGGGAGGCUCAUCGUUGGAGUGGGACUUGGUAUUGCCUCUAUGACAGUGCCGGUGUACAUUGCCGAGGCCUCUCCGCCCCACCUCAGGGGUCAGCUGGUGACCAUUAACACACUUUUCAUCACUGGGGGACAGUUCACUGCCAGCCUUAUAGACGGCGCCUUCAGCUAUCUGCGACGUGAUGGAUGGAGGUACAUGUUGGGUCUGUCUGUGCUUCCCGGUGUGCUGCAGUUCGUGGGAUUCCUCUUCCUGCCAGAGAGCCCUCGCUGGUUAAUCCAGUGUGGACUGACCCAGAAGGCCCGCCGCGUGCUCAGUCAGAUCCGAGGCAACCAGAACAUAGACGAGGAGUACGACAGCAUCAAAAACAGCAUUGAGGAAGAGGAGAAGGACAGUGGAGGAGAUGGUCCUGUCAUCUGGCGGAUGCUGACCUACUCACCAACUCGGCGAGCUCUCCUGGUGGGCUGUGGUCUUCAGAUGUUCCAGCAGCUCUCAGGAAUCAACACGGUCAUGUACUAUAGCGCCACCAUUCUCCAGAUGUCAGGAGUCCGGGAUGACAGACUAGCGAUCUGGUUGGCGGGACUCGCCACCCUCACGAACUUCUUGUUUACCCUCUUGGGUGUAUGGCUGGUGGAGAGGGUUGGGCGCCGGAAGCUCACAUUGGGGAGUAUUCUAGGUACAUGUUUGAGUUUGAGUCUACUGGCCAUUGGUUUUUUGAUGUCUGCCCAGCACAGUCCUUCAGUCACUCGCCACCCAUUAGACCCUGCCAUAUCCAACUCGACUUGCUCCAAGUAUCAGCUGUGCGAGCCAUGCAUGUUGGACCCCGGUUGUGGUUUCUGUUACCGUGAGAACGGUUCAGCACUCCUCACCUCCUCCUGUGUGCCAGUCAAUAAGGCCUCCACUGAGCACGCAGCAUGGGGCAGAUGCUCCAACUCCAGCCUGAUGAGAGAUCAGACAUACUGGGCCUACAACUACUGUCCCACCUCCUACUCUUGGAUGGUUUUAUUGGGUCUGGUGCUCUACCUAGCUGCUUUUGCUCCAGGUAUGGGUCCAAUGCCAUGGACCAUUAACUCUGAGAUCUAUCCUCUGUGGGCGAGGAGUACUGGGAACGCUUGUGCAGCUGGAGUGAACUGGACCUUCAACGUCUUGGUGUCACUCACAUUCCUCCAUCUGGCUCAGUACCUUACCUACUAUGGAGCUUUCUUCCUGUACUCCAGCCUGGCCCUACUGGGCUUUGUUUUCAUCUAUGGCUGCCUGCCAGAAACCAAAGCUCGGCGUCUGGAGGAGAUUGAGGCGCUGUUUGAAAACCAGCUUUGCUCCUGCGGCGCCUCAGAUUCAGAUGAGGCACGGCAGGUCGAGUACAUUCGCGUCAAAGGUUCAAAUUACCAUCUAUCGGACAACGAUGCAUCAGACGUGGACUAGGAAGAGCUUGUUGAGCUCGCUCUGGGUGUUUCAUUAGUUUCAGGGAUUAAUGAAACAUGCAGAGUGCUUGGGUCUUUAAUAUUCAUCUCAUUCUGUGAUCUGUGGAGCCACUGGUGACCCUCACCCUGAGGUUAAGACCUUCAAUCAGUAAUACGAGUUUGUUCACUUUUAGAUCAGUCGAUUCAGGAAGUCCAGGUCAUUGCUUCAGCAGGAGUAUAAAUAUUUUGUUUCCCGGUGACCUAACAUCGGAUCUGGAGACAGAUCUGUUAAAGUGUCCUAAUGUUUCCACCCACAAUUGACAGAAUAUAAAGAGAAAGAGGCACAGGCAUUUUUUUUUCUUGUAUAGUUUUUUAAUAGAUUUGAACAGGAAGCAAGACUGUUUACACAGAAUCCAAAAUAUGCAGAAAAGCUCCCAUCCAGUGAAAAAGGUAUGCUAAGUGUUGUUUUUGGGAACCAUGUUUAUGUACCCACAUAACAGCUGACCUGACAGGAGCUUUUGUAACCAGAUGUUCCUCCAUAGUGCCGUUAUGCCUAUCUUUACGAGACACAUUUUGGUUUGAUGUUAUUCCAGCUUGUAGCAUAGCACAGUGAUGUCAGUCUCAUCAUGAAAGACUAAAGUUUGUGGACGGUCUUGAUAUUUUUAUGAAAAGCAAUCACAAGAAAUGUACAGUAUAUUGUUACAGUUGCACAAACUUGUGUUGUUAGCAGUUGCUUAACAAAACCACUUUAGUAGCACUGAAAUGACUAUGUUAUGUUGCUAGGGUUUGUUUAUUUAAAUAAGUUUUUUUUUAACUGUUUACCCUUCAGGUUUUCAGUUCUGUUGCUUACCUGACUAAACAAUGUAUAGCA